AUGGGUAUUCCUGCACAAGCUUCGGUGUAUUGGGUAAUAACAAGACAUAGACGUCAACGACGCCGGGGAACAAAUCUCAACGAGAUAGAGGAUCUCAUCAGCGUACUUCAGCGAGACCAGAAAACAGAAGAAGAUAUGCUUUUGUGGAAAAACAAAGGAAAUCAAUUCAAAACCACGUUCUCCUCCAAAGCAACGUGGAACCUGAUUAGACGUGAGCAACCUAAGGUUGACUGGUACAAAGGUGUAUGGUUUCGCCAUGCCACUCCAAAAUACGCCUUCAUGACCUGGCUCUCGGUUCAUGAUCGUCUGUCCACCGGCGACCGGAUGUUACAGUGGACCAAUGUUCCACCAGCUUCUCACGCUUGCGUAUUCUGUCAACUCCCAGUCGAAACUCGAGACCACCUAUUCUUCUCAUGUGGUUACUCCUCACAGGUUUGGAAGGCACUUGUCUACACACUCCUUGGAACUCGGUAUACCACGGUAUGGGCUGACAUUAUGACGCUGGUCAAAACAGAGAACUGGACUGAUCCCACAUCCCUGUUUCUCCUGCGGUACUGCUUUCAAAUCACACUCCACAGUAUUUGGAAGGAGCGCAACAGUAGGAAACAUGGCGACAGGUCGAGACAGCCAACCCAGCUCAUCAGAUUUAUUGACAAAGGAGUCCGUAACAGAGUCUGA